AUGGGACGUUCACAAGUGUUGUACAAUCGCACGAAAGGACGAUUUCGCAACAAGGUCCGCGAUCAUCAAUCUCAGCAGCCACAGCAGCCACAGCAGCCACACAAUGAUCAUCACCCUCGUGGAUACCAUCAGGAUCAACCAAGACAAGGAAAGGAAGAUAAUAAUAGCUACGAAUCGAAUCAUGGCAAAAGUGCUGACAAGAAACGGGCUCGGACUCGAUCCACCAUUGGUCAGAACACCACCAUUAAUGAAUCCGAAAUGUUGUUGCUUGCCGAUUCAGCUGCUCCCCAAUACUACGUUGAGGAUGACACGUCCACCAUAUUUGGUGGCGGAAAGGAUAAGGAAAAGGAAAACAAACCGAAAGACCCCUUUGCCACUUCCGCUUCUUCCUUGGAUAUUGCCUCCUUGGAAACCACCCUGUUGACUUGUGUUUCCGUCAUGGAUAGACUCAAGCUGCCAGCCCAUGUGGCGCAAAGCUUGCAAAAGGAAGGCUCCUCCAUGGUGGUAACAACUACAAUAUCCUCAUGCAAUUCAGGGUUUUCUUCCAUGAUGAGAACCAUUGAUGCACGAGGAGAGGCAGAUUCAGAAGAUAUGGUUCGCAAUGCCAGACUCCGAAAGCAGCUCGUCGGAGAAUCUCCUACCAACAUGACGAUUGCUCCUCCAGCAAAUGUAGCGUCACCAGAACUCGUCGAGAAUGACAGCAAGGAGGAGGAUAGCUUCCUUGCCAGCUUGAGCUUGGCGGACGAUGAUGAAUCUGCAGAUGUCAUUCGUCCUUCGUACAGUGGCAUUCAGGAGCGGGGAAGGACGAAUCUUCCAGCGGCACCCUCACUUAUCUACGGCGCGACAUCCAGUAUCAUACAAACCAAGUACAAUAACAACAAAAAGAAAGGAAAUGACGAUGCUAGCUAUUCCAUUGGUCCUGACAAGAUCAAAGCCACGGAACAAGGUGAUAUUGAGGUUCGAAUGAAGAAGGAUGAUGCAUCUCGGCAGUCUCGAGAAUUUGAUGUUGAUCGUUAUGCUGUUAUUGAUGAAGACGAUGAAGAUUCCCUCACGACGACGGAUCAAAGACUUCCAAACAGUAUGCGAAAUGUUCACGUUCCGAAGAAUCGAAACAGGAUAGCUCAACCAGCGAGUGGCAAGCUUGACCCGCCAACAACAACGAAGGAUCCACCUGCCGGCAUGAUCCCUCCACUGAGAGCGGACCCUUCGGACGACUCAGAAAUGCUCGAAAACUGGUUGGAUGAUAUCGUUGGAGUCGAUGCUGCUUCCUCGGCCGCAGUGCAUCAUCCAAUGGAUACUGAUCGGGAUGCAGUGGCGGACAGGAUAGGUCGUGCUGCCCCUGGAAACAAGAACGGGCCUCCCGUAUCCAGUUUUCCGGACUUUGUUGGGGGCACUAUAUCGAAUAAUGCGAGCCCCAUGUCCCAGGCCACUGCAAUGCCAAAAGAAGUCACAAUUCCACAGCGCCCAGUUAUGGUCAACGCACUGAACCAUGCCACGGCAGUGCCGGUAGAUCCACGGCCAACGCCACCGCAAGAAGAAGUUGAGGAUACCUUGGAAUCAUGGCUUGACGAUGUCAUCAUGUAG